UUGAGGGACCUUGAGGAGUUACUCUUUGUAGACACUGCUAAAAUGGUGACUGAGAAUACGACGACAAUGGCUUGCCCUGCACCCAUGAAGGCAACGUCUAAUGGAUCGUUUCAGGGUGAAAAUCCACUCGAUUUCGCACUUCCAUUGGCAAUCCUUCAAAUAUGCUUGGUUGUUGCUUUUACAAGGACAUUGGCAUUCUUUCUGAGACCUCUCCGACAACCGCGAGUCAUUGCAGAGAUCAUUGGAGGAAUUCUGCUAGGACCGUCUGCAAUUGGUAGAAGCGAAAAAUUUCUACACACUGUUUUCCCAAAAAAAAGUAUGACUGUUCUUGACACACUGGCCAACAUAGGCUUGCUCUACUUCUUGUUUCUGGUUGGUCUUGAGCUUGACAUUCGAUCAAUUCGUCGUACUGGUAAGAAGGCCUUAGCAAUAGCCGUUGCUGGAAUUAGUCUCCCAUUCAUACUUGGCAUCGGAACGUCUGUUGUCCUCCGUGCCACCAUCUCUAAAGGAGUUUCUAAUGGCCCUUUUCUUGUCUUCAUGGGUGUUUCCCUUUCCAUCACUGCAUUUCCUGUCCUGGCUCGUAUAUUGGCAGAACUUAAGCUUCUCACCACUGACGUUGGUCGCAUUGCUAUGUCUGCGGCUGCAGUGAAUGAUGUUGCUGCUUGGAUCCUCCUCGCGCUUGCUAUAGCGCUUUCUGGUAGCGACACUUCUCCUCUAGUCUCCAUAUGGGUUCUUCUAUGUGGAAUUACAUUUGUGUCAUUUGCUGUUUUUGUCUUGAGACCUGCAUUAGCAUUGAUGGCUCGAAGAUCACCCGAGGGCGAGCCUGUGAAGGAGCUCUAUAUAUGCAUCACAUUGUCGCUAGUAUUGGCUGCUGGCUUCGUCACUGAUACCAUAGGCAUUCAUGCUCUUUUCGGUGCAUUUGUGGUGGGAAUUGUUGUACCUAAAGAUGGUCCUUUUGCUGGGGUGCUAAUAGAGAAGAUUGAGGAUAUUGUUUCGGGACUUCUCUUGCCUCUCUACUUCGCGUCGAGUGGUCUUAAAACCAACGUCGCCACGAUAUCUGGAGGUCAAUCAUGGGGCUUGCUAGUGCUUGUUAUAUUCACUGCUUGUUUUGGUAAAGUUGUUGCAACAACAGUGGUGUCUUUGGUUUAUAAGGUGCCUUUUCGAGAGGCCGUGGCUCUCGGGUUCCUUAUGAACACCAAAGGCUUGGUGGAGCUCAUUGUUCUCAACAUUGGAAAGGAUCGUAAGGUGUUGAAUGACCAAACAUUCGCGAUAUUAGUUCUAAUGGCGCUAUUCACUACCUUUAUCACCACUCCAAUUGUGAUGGCCAUUUAUAUGCCUGCUAGAAGUGGAGCACCAUACAAGCAUCGAACCAUUCAGCGUAAAGACGACGAUUCAGAGCUCCGUAUGCUUGCUUGCUUCCAUAGCAACCACAACAUUCCUACCAUGAUCAAUCUGAUAGAGUCUUCUCGAGGAACUCGUAAGCGAGGACUAUGUGUGUAUGCAAUGCAUAUGAUGGAACUUUCUGAACGUUCAUCUGCCAUAUCGAUGGUUCACAAGGCACGUAGAAAUGGACUUCCAUUCUGGAACAAAAUCCGCGACGACAAUGACCAAAUGGUGAUUGCAUUCCAAGCCUAUCAACAACUGAGUAGAGUCACUAUUCGCCCCAUGACUGCGAUUUCUGCUCUCAAUAGCAUUCAUGAGGAUAUCUGCACAAGCGCACAUCAAAAGCGCGCUGCCAUACUUUUCCUACCAUUCCACAAGCACCAGAGAGUAGAUGGAUCCAUGGAGUCACUUGGUCACUCAUUCCAUCUUGUGAAUAAGCGCGUCCUCCGGUAUGCACCUUGUUCUGUUGGUAUUCUGGUCGACCGUGGAUUCGGAGGAACGACACAAGUCUUUUCGAGUGAAGUGUCUUACUCUUUUGCCAUGCCAUUUUUCGGCGGGCGUGAUGACCGUGAAGCACUUGCAUUUGGCAUGAGAAUGGCAGAGCAUCCGGGAAUCAUGCUCACCGUGAUAAAAUUCACAGCUUCUACCGGGAAGUCAUUGCUCUUCGGGCAUGUGAUCAAGAUGGGAAAAGACGUCGAAAACGAGACCAAGGGAGAUCAUGAAGAUGACAAUCAAUUCUUCUCCGAGUUCCUCGAGACAAGCAAGAAACAGGAUUCAAUCAAGUACGAGGAAAGAGUCAUCGAGUCUCAGGCAGACAUCGUCACGACACUAAAAUCAAUGAGCAAAUGCAACAUGUUUUUGGUUGGAAGAACACCAUGUGUGGUUCCAUUGGUUGACAGAAGUGAUUGUCCAGAACUAGGACCCGUUGGCAGCUUCCUAGCCUCAUCUGAUUUCUCUACUACUGCAUCGGUUUUGGUCAUUCAGCAAUACAAUUUCUCUAAAAAUCUCGAUUCACUCGUAGAGGAGCAGCAAGAGGAUGAUACAUAUGAGGUUCCAGACACACCGGAUCAUUCGAAAAUGGCGAUGGUCUAAGCAAGUUGGCUUAGUGUUGAUACAUUUUUUUACCAGCAAGAAGAUUAUAGGACUUAAGUUAUGAUAACCACAACGGGGUCGAGUUGACUAGAAAAAUCCUUUUAG